AUGGGAUCCAGCGACGACUGCCGCCCGAAGCUGAACCGCAUGUUGUUCCGCCGCGGCUCGAACGACGACUGCCGCGACAGCUGCCGGCUGAACGUCCUCCGCAGCGAGCCGGUGGAGAACUGCCGCGAUAUCCCCCGCUUCAGCUGCGACGCUAUGUUUUCCAUGGUGGUCAACGGCGACGACUCCUCUCCUCCCCUUCCUCCUCCAACCCUUCCACCUCCACUUUCCUCUUCUCCUCCUUCCCCUCCCCUUUAA